CCAAAUAAUGCGAAGCAUCUUCCCUCUCUCGUUGUUGUGUAUCACCCUGAGUAACAUCCCCACAGGACAUGCCAAAGUGUGCAUACCCGUUCCUUCCUACAUUACACACAACAGCAGUAACGCCAAGUAUGCUGUAGCCAGGAGGAAAAAAAGAAUGCGGGCCAGGUGGAAAAAAAGAGUGUGGGCCAGGAAGAAAAAAACAAUAAUUUUUGAAGAUGUCGUCACCCAGAAAGACAUUUCGACGAUUAACUUGAUCGUGUUAGCUCUGAUGGAGUUCCAAAAACAACACAACAGCUUGGUCGUCCCGGAGAACUACGUCCUGAAGUCUCAGGAGAAUGAAGACUUAAAAAGCUUCAAGCUGUGGAAAAAACUGCAGGACAUUAAAAAUGAGAAGAGCCAAAAGAAGAAGAAAUAUAUUUAUUUUGUUCUCAAAAAGAUGAACUUUCCUGUGGCUAGCAUAUUUAGUGAGCAGCAGUGUGGAUAUGAUCACGUGGAUGCGAUCACGUGGAUGCGAUCACGCCCAGCCGAAAUGCAGGACUUCGAAAAGGACGAUGCAGAAAUAACAACCAUGUCGAAUUUGUCGACGGAGGAAAACGUUCACUACGAUUUUGACGAGCGGCAGGAAGUCAGGAAGGAGCUCUUCUCUCUGUACGUUAGAAAGGCAAAGGACAAAGGGGGCGAAGACGUGAAGGACUUCCUCGCGUCGUACAAGUUCAUUCCCAAAAUUUCUGAACAGAACGUCCUUCCUACUUACUCAAACAAAGCCACAAGAAAAAAGGGAAUACUCCAACAGGUUCUAGAAAAUCUGAAGCAGGAUCAGACAUUCAGUUCUAACUAUAACUACUACUAUGACAAUAUUUACAAUAACCUUAAUGACAAGGACGUGGACGAUUACAUCUCGUUUGUGAUGAAGUAUAAGAGAACCCACGGGGCUGAGUAUGAUUUUUUUGUAAACGGGAGACCUUCCCUUUCGAACGAGCUCAACCCGAAAGAAAAAAAAUUCAUACUGUACACGCGGAAGGAGACGGAAGGAGCCCACGCGUACGAUUUCGACAAAUGGUCCUUCGCCGACUUCGUAGAAGCCCUUGUCUAUUUCAACGAUCUAUACUUAGACUUGAACCGGGAGAGGUACGAGAGGUUCAAGACUGAGCAAGACCAAGGACAGAAGAAGUUGGACCUCGUCGAUUUUAAUUUUGUGGAUCCGUCGUUCGUCGUUCCGAUGAGGAUGGGAGACAUCGAUUGCAAGUUCCAUUUCAUUAGAAGAAAAAUUUUGGAUUAUCUCCUCUUUGAUUUUAAGCCAGAAGAGUUUGAUCAAAAGUAUGUCAAUUUCACGUGGAGGAAGCUGUACCUUGGCCUGGCCUGGUUCAUCCACACUAGGGGACACCCGAUAGUUAUCACCCCCAUGGAUAGGAUACAGUUCGAUACGUUCCCCAUGGAUUUUUGCAAACCGGAGGAGAUUCAAGGAUUGCGCCUGGGAUUCCUAAUCAUUCAAGCUCAAGCCCACGAGAAAAUAUUUUGGAAUAACUACCAAGAUAGAUUCGACUUUAUGAAGGGCCUCGAAAUCAACAUUAGAAGUGCGGACGAACUGAUUUUCUA